AUGUCCUUUGACACCCUCACCUCUAUAAGGAGUCCCUUCACCACACAUCCCUCCGCCGCCAUCAUGGGCGAAGUCAUGGGCCGCAAAGACCUGAAAACAUUGGUUCCUCAACCAAAGAACUACAAGAAGCCACCCUUCACCGUCGAGGUACCCGGCGCACAGAAGCGAGAGGGCGAGACUGCGCCACGACGGAACACUCGCUGCAAAGAUGAGCUCAAGAACACACCAGACCCUGACACCAAGACCAUCUACGACAUCCUACGCCGAUCGAGCCGAAAGUUUGGAAACGCAAAGGCGUUGGGUAAGCGAAAGCUGAUCAAGAUUCACGUUGAAAACAAGAAGGUCAAAAAGGUAAUCGACGGCAAGGAGCAGGAAGUUGACAAGAAGUGGUCCUACUAUGAGCUGUCCGGCUAUGAAUACUACUCAUUCAGCGAGUACGAGCAGCUAGCUCUAAAGGUUGGAUGUUCAUACCGCGCACUCGGCCUUCGACCAAAGCAGGACCGCGUACACAUCUUCGCCGCCACUCAUCCGUACUGGCUGGCGACCGCUCACGGCGCUGGUAGCCAGAGCUUGCCGAUCGUCACCGCCUACGAUACUUUGGGCGAGGAGGGCCUUAAGCACUCUCUCCUCCAGACCAACGCCAAAGCAAUCUUCCUCGACCCACACCUCCUCACAAAGCUCAUCAAGCCGCUGCAAGAGGCCAAGGAUAUCCAGCAUGUCGUCUACAACGACGACGAUGCACCGACCGCACAGUCGAACCCCGAGCAGAUCAAGAAAGACGUUGAGAAGCUGAAAGAGGCACACCCACACUUGACUGUCCACAGCUGGACCGACUUCAUCAAGCUUGGCGAGGACAACAUGAUCGAGCCAAGUCCACCAAGUCCAGAGGAUCUGUGCUGUAUCAUGUACACAUCUGGCUCGACCGGCACACCAAAGGGUGUCCUGCUCACCCACAAGAACGUCGUGGCUGCCAUUGCUGGUGUCGACGUUAUCGUCGGUCCAUACCUCGGCCCUGGUGAUGGUCUCCUGACCUACCUACCUCUGGCACACAUUCUCGAGUUUGUGUUCGAGUCGGCUUGUCUUUACUGGGGUGGCAUGAUGGGCUAUGGUAACCCAAAGACGAUUUCCGACAACUCGAUGAGGAACUGCAGAGGUGACAUUGCAGAGUUCAAGCCUUCGAUUCUCGUCGGUGUUCCAGCAGUAUGGGAGACUGUCAAGAAGGGUAUCCAGGCCAAGGUUGCUAAGCUCAACCCGAUCUCGAGAAACAUGUUCUGGGGAGCGAUGAGCGCGAAGAGCUUCAUGAUGAGCAACUCUGGCUACCUCCCACUUGCUGGUACUGGUGCAAGCAUUUUGGACAACGUUGUGUUCAAGAAGGUUGCUGAGGCUACUGGUGGCAGACUCCGCAUCUGCAUGAACGGUGGUGGACCAGUUGCAAAGGAGACGCAGCGAUUUGUCUCGAUGUGCAUUGCGCCAAUGAUUUCAGGCUAUGGUCUCACCGAGACUGCCGCCAUGGGCGCACUCAUGGACCCACUCGCUUGGACCGACAACGCGCUCGGUGAGAUUCCAGGUUCCGUUGAGGUCAAGCUGGUCGACUUCGCUGAUGCUGGCUACCACGCGACAAACAACCCACCACAGGGUGAGAUCUGGAUUCGCGGAGAUUCCGUCACAUCUGGGUACCUGGAUCUUGAGAAAGAAACCAAGGAGUCGUUCACCGACGAUGGCUGGUUCAAGACUGGUGAUAUUGGCGAGUUCGACUCACUGGGUCAGCUCAGAAUCAUCGACCGCAAGAAGAACUUGGUCAAGACUCUCAAUGGCGAGUACAUCGCUCUCGAGAAGCUCGAAUCAGUGUACCGUUCGACCUCAGUCGUCGGCAACAUCUGCGUGUACGCAGCACAAGAUCAGAACAAGCCUAUCGCUAUCAUCGUUCCUGCGGAGCCCGCACUCAAGCAACUUGCGAAGGAGAAUGGUGUUGAUGGCAACGGCCUCGAGGAUCUGUGCCAUAACAAGAAGGUCAACGACAUCGUGCUCAAGGAGCUGCAAGCUCAGGGUAAGAAGGGAGGUCUUUCCGGCUUCGAGAUUAUCGAAGGCCUCGUGCUGGCAGAUGAGGAGUGGACUCCACAGAACCAACUCGUCACCUCCGCCAUGAAGCUCAACCGCAAGGGCAUCCAAGAGAAGUACAAGAAGGAGAUUGACGCCGCCUAUGGCAAGAAGUAA